AUAAUGGCGAAGAGCAUAAAGGAGGUGGGUGUGGAGGAGUUGGUGUGGAGGAGUUGGUGAAGGCGGGGCUAAGCAUUGAGGAGGCCAAAGAGUUGGAGAGGCUCGUUAAGGAUGCAGCCAAAGGGUGUGAGUUUGAGCAGCCGACCGAGUUGUGGCACGAGAUUGUGGCUCGGAGGCUGCUCAAGCCAUGGCACCCACAUGAAGUGCACCAGCUGGUUUACUAUUCCGUCUAUGCCAAUUGGGAUGUCUCCAACAGAGGCCCUCCUCUCUACUGGUUCCCUUCUCUAUACGAGUCUAAACUUACAAACUUGGGACGUCUCAUGGAGAAGUAUGGUUCAGAGCUUUUGGGGCCUUUAUAUAGGGAUCCUAUAACAAGUUACAAUAUCUUCCAUAAAUUCUGUGUCCAGAAUCCUGAGGUUUACUGGUCAAUUGUUCUGAAAGAUCUCUCAAUUUCAUUUCAAGAAGCGCCAAAGUGUAUUCUAGACAGAACUGACGAUUCAAAGUAUAGUGGAUCAUGGCUUCCGGGUUCAGUUCUGAACAUUGCUGAAUGUUGUUUGUUGCCCACCGCCCAUCCAAGGAAAAAGGAUGAUAAUCCUGCUAUCGUGUGGAGAGAUGAAGGUUUUGAUGAUUCCGACGUAAAUGUUACGACACUAAAGGAACUCCGAGAGCAAGUAAUGUUGGUGGCUAACGCGCUCGAUGCUAUGUUUUCGAAGGGUGAUGCAAUUGCAAUCGACAUGCCAAUGACAGUUAAUGCAGUAAUCGUCUAUUUGGCAAUCGUACUAUCAGGUCUUGUUGUCGUAUCAAUACCUGACAGCUUUGCUGCAAAGGAAAUUGCAACACGUUUGCGUGUAUCGAAUGCUAAAGGCAUCUUUACCCAGGAUUUCAUACCGAGAGGAGGUCGCAAGUUUGCUUUAUACAGUCGAGUGGCAGAGGCUGUGCCAGAUAAAGCCAUUGUCCUCCCCGGGAUUGGCAGAAGUGUAGACAUUCAGCUAAGGGAACAAGAUAUAACGUGGGAAAAUUUUCUUUCUAAUGUCAAAAACCACUCGAGAUCAAAGUAUUACUCUCCGUUCUAUCAACCAAUAGACUCUGUGAUAAAUAUACUAUUUUCAUCUGGAACCACAGGGGAACCAAAAGCUAUUCCUUGGACCCAACUUUCCCCAAUUCGCUCUGCGGCGGAUGGAUGGGCUCAUAUGGAUGUACAAGCUGGAGAUGUUAUGUGCUGGCCCACAAGUUUAGGAUGGGUGAUGGGUCCAUCUAUACUUUUCUCAUGUCUUCUGUCUGGCGCAACUCUAGCUUUAUAUCAUGGAUCUCCUCUAGGCCGUGGUUUUGGAAAAUUUGUUCAGGAUGCAGGAGUGACUAUUCUAGGUACAAUUCCAACCCUUGUAAAAACUUGGAAGAGCACACAGUGUAUGAAAGGCCUGGAUUGGACAAAAAUAAAGGGGUUCGCAACCACAGGAGAAGCUUCUAAUGUCGACGAUGAUCUUUGGCUCUCUUCCCAAGCGUAUUACAAACCCAUUAUUGAAUGUUGUGGAGGGACGGAGCUUGCAUCAGCUUACAUAGAAGGAAGUCUACUGCAGCCGCAAGCUUUCGGAGCAUUCAGCACAGCAUCAAUGACAACCGGCUUUGUCAUCUUUGAUGAAAAUGGAAAGCCUUAUGCAGAUGAGCAACCUUGUACCGGUGAAGUGGGGUUAUUCCCUCUGUACAUGGGAGCAACUUAUAGGUUGCUUAAUGCUGAUCACGAAAAAGUCUACUUUAAGGGAAUGCCACUAUUCAAAGGAAUGCGCCCAAGGAGACAUGGAGACAUCAUUACGAGAACUGUCGGAGGCUUUUUCGUUGUGCAAGGCAGGGCUGAUGACACCAUGAACCUUGGUGGAAUUAAGACAAGUUCGAUUGAGAUUGAACGAGUAUGCGAUCGAGCUGAUGAAAGCAUCUUAGAGACGGCGGCAGUUAGUGUGGCUCCUAUAAAUGGGGGUCCAGAGCAGCUGGUUAUAUAUGUUGUACCAAAGAGUGGAUAUAACUCUGAAGCAGAAAAUCUGAGGAUAAAAUUCACAAAAGCAAUUCAGAGCAACCUAAAUCCUUUAUUUAAGGUAAGCUUUGUGAAGAUUGUACCGGAGUUUCCACGGACGGCUUCUAACAAGUUACUAAGGCGAGUUUUAAGGGACCAAAUAAAGCAUGAGCUCUCGGUUCGCAGUAGAAUUUAGCAGGAUAUUGACUCUCUUCCAAAGGAAUCAUUAGAGAGGGAAUGUUGUGUCAUAAAUUUCAUCAAUUGUGUAAAUGUUCCUUAUUUUGUCAUGAUAUUUGCGAUAAUAUUAUGAGUGACUGGAUGCCUUAAAGGAUAUAAGCGAAGCGCACUCAAGACAUCCUUGCAUUUGCAUGCAUGCAUGCAUGCACAACCUUUAUUGCUUGUCUACUUUUACCUUGUCAAGUGAUCUUUGAAAAU